GGAAAUAAAUAAAUUCAUAGAUGCGCGAUCUUGUGACUGAGAGAGUGCGUGCGAUAACCAACCUCCUUUUCACAGUGACGUUCUGCUGUGGCUUUCCCUUCAUCCCUUCGCCUCCUCUGUAUGUCUGCUCCUCUCUUUUCCUCCCCAAAGUUAUUUAUAUACCAUACCAGCUAUUUUUGGUUUUUGUAUUCUCCCCGAUAUUCAUAUCCAUCUCCUACCCCCUGCCCCCCCCUCCCUCCCUCCCUCCCUCCCUUCGCCUUGUUACUGUCAAUCUACACAAGGAUUUUACUUCUGCACCCCUCUCUGGCCGUCUACCGCCAGCUACCGACCCAGCCACUCAGCAGUCUGACCGAUCCCGCGUAAUAGCGCUUGUGAAUUUCGAAAAGUACUAUUGGCAGUCACUCACCUCUCUCCUCUCUCUCUCUCUCACACACGCGCACACACACACACACACACACACACACACACACACACACACACACACACGCACACACACACAGAGAGAGACACAGACACAGAGAGAGAGAGAGAGAGAGAGAGAGAGAGAGAGAGAGAGAGAGAGAGAGAGAGAGAGAGAGAGAGAGAGAGAGAGAAUGUCCUACGACGACGAUGACGACUCUUUCGAGCACACGUUGUUGGUUGUAAGGGAGGUGAACGCGUUCAAAAUUCCGCCGAGAAGUUCCAGCGGAGGGUACAAAUGCGCGGAGUGGUUGGUGUCGGACAAGAUAUGGACGGGACGAUUACGCGUUGUCUCUGCGAAGGAGAAGUGUGAAAUCCGUCUGGAAGACAGUAAUACUGGUGAGUUGUUCGCCUCUUGUCCCGUCCAUGCCGGGCGUAGGGAAACCACUGUGGAGAGUGUUGUGGAUAGCUCGCGGUACUUUGUUCUUCGGAUUGACGAUGGCAGGGGCCAUCACGCCUUCAUCGGUCUCGGGUUUAACGAGAGAAAUGAGGCCUUCGAUUUCAAUGUAGCUCUGUCGGAUCACGAGAAAUAUGCAAAGCGGGAGAAAGACGAAGUCGUUCCCAAGCCACCGGAGGAGAAGGGUCCCCCUCCUCUCCCCUCUGUCGAUCUUCGUCUCAAGGAGGGUGAAACGAUCCGUAUCAAUGUGAAAACAAAGCCUCUUUCGGGAACAGGACUGGUGUCUUCCUCCAGCAGUAAUCCUCCACCACCAAUACUGGCCACCGGGAAGAUGAAGGCCCCCCUUGCUCCGCCUCCAGGUGGGGGAAGGAUUCGCGCUCCUCUUCCGCCGCCUCCCGGCGAUAUGAAAACCGUUCGCGGCCGUGUGGCUUCCCUGUCAUCCAGGAAUCCAGAUCAGGGCCGCGUUACCGGCGAUCCCUUUGCUGAUCUGUCCCAACUUGAGGGUGCGCUGCCUUCUGCUGGAAGGGGUAAAACUGUGGCGAAGGAUGGGCCCUCCAGCGCCAAUCAGGGCUGGGCAUCAUUUUAGGCACUGUUUAAGGAGCACCUGAAUAUUUAGUCCUUGAAGUUGGUGUAGCAACUAAGAGGGUAUUUCUACCACCAGGCAAUGCUGGAACUCGUGUAUCGUUUCCCAGCCUUAAUUGUUGCACUGUGUUGAUCUCCUCCUCCUCCACCUCCCUCCUCCUCCUCCUCCUUCUUCUUCUGUGUGUGUGUGUGUGUGUGUGUGUCCCUAUAUAUAUGCAUGGCAUUUGAUACAUUCAUUCGGAAUUUCAUCCAUCUCCAUGUCUAUCAUUGUACGUGUUAUAUAUCUGGUGUUGUUGAUCCUCUGGGGUACUGCACCUAUCCCUAUCUUGUGAUUCUUAUUCCUUUUCUGUUUCUUUUUCUAUUUCUUUUUCUAUUUCUUUUUCUGUUUCUUUUUCUGUUUCUUUUUCUGUUUCUUUUUCUCUUUCUUUUCUAUUUCUUUCUCUAUUUUUUUUCUUUCUUCGUUAAUAUUUGGCAUGCCUUCUACGUUUUGUAAAGAGUAUGCGCGGCAGAUGGUGUCAUGCAGCGGCACCCAAAAAUGAUGCCCUUCUAAAGCCCCUAUGUCGAGGGUGGAAAUCUGAUUUCAACGAGGUAGGUUUGGGUUUUUAACCGUUCGUUGCAUGGUGUGUCGCCGAGGCAUGAGAGAGCACUUACAGACUUGCGCUUUUUGGAAUGAAUGUGGCCUUGAUUGUGCACAAAGAUGUCCUAGCGUGUGAAUACACCCAAUGAGGAGGCACUUCACAAUUUUUGGUUGUUGACAACUUGUUUUGUGUAGUCUGCAGAUCUUUCUGUUUAUCGGAAAUGCCAAACAUAAUAAUCACGUCAAGGCUGUCACUAGUGCGCAGUUGGUUUCU